AUGGACCAGAGAAAGCAAAGGAGAUCGUUGUCUGAGGUAAAAGUAGGCAAACUCUCAUCAGCUCGAUGUUCCUGUGACUACAAGAUUAAAGUCCGUGGGACUGUAGCCAAACUCUCUGGACACGGGCACAAGGGGAAAAUUAACUCCAGAUUAAACAGAAGGAUAGUGAGAAUGCGAUCACCAGGAUCUACCUCCACAGACAGCUCAUUCUCUGCCCCGUCCAGCGAUCACCAGGAUCUACCUCACAGGCCGCUCAUUCUCUGCCCCGUCCAGCGGUCACCAAGAUCUACCUCCACAGACCGCUCAUUCUCUGCCCCCAUCCAGCGGUCACCAGGAUCUACCUUCACAGACCUCUCAUUCUCUGCCCCGUCCAGCGAUCACCAGGAUCUACCUCCACAGACCGCUCAUUCUCUGCCCCGUCCAGCGAUCACCAGGAUCUACCUCCACAGACCGCUCAUUCUCUGCCCCGUCCAGCGGCCCACAAGAUCUACCUCCACAGACCGCUCAUUCUCUGCCCCGUCCAGCGAUCACCAGGAUCUACUUCACAGGCCGCUCAUUCUCUGCCCCGUCCACCGAUCACCAAGAUCUACCUCCACAGACCGCUCAUUCUCUUCCCCCAUCCAGCGGUCACCAGGAUCUACCUCCACAGACCGCUCAUUCUCUGCUCCGUCCAGCGAUCACCAGGAUCUACCUUCACAGACCUCUCAUUCUCUACCCCGUCCAGCGAUCACCAGGAUCUACCUCCACAGACCGCUCAUUCUCUGCCCCGUCCAGCGAUCACCAGGAUCUACCUCCACAGACCGCUCAUUCUCUGCCCCGUCCAGCGGCCCACAAGAUCUACCUCCACAGACCGCUCAUUCUCUGCCCCGUCCAGCGAUCACCAGGAUCUACCUCACAGGCCGCUCAUUCUCUGCCCCGUCCAGUGAUCACCAGGAUCUACCUCACAGACCACUCAUUCUCUAUCCCGUCCAGCGGUCACCAAGACCUACCUCCACAGACCGCUCAUUCUCUGCCCCCAUCCAGCGGUCACCAGGAUCUACCUCCACAGACCGCUCAUUCUCUGCCCCGUCCAGCGAUCACCAGGAUCUACCUCAACAGACCGCUCAUUCUCUGCACCAUCCAGCGAUCACCAGGAUCUACCUCACAGGCCGCUCAUUCUCUGCCCCGUCCAGCGAUCACCAGGAUCUACCACCACAGACUGAUCAUUCUCUGCCUCAUCCAGAGAUCACCAGGAUCUACCUCACAGGCCGCUCAUUCUCUACCCCGUCCAGCGGUCACCAGGAUCUAACUGACAGUCCGCUCAUUCUCUGCCCCGUCCAGCGGCCCACAGGAUCUACCACCACAGACCCCUCAUUCUCUGCCCCGUCCAGCGGUCACCAGGAUCUACCACCACAGACCCCUCAUUCUCUGCCCCGUCCAGCGGCCCACAGGAUUUACCUCCACAGACCGCUCAUUCUCUGCCCCGUCCAGCGGUCACCAGGAUAUACCACCACAGACCGCUCAUUCUCUGCCCCCAUCCAGCGGUCACUGGGAUCUACCUCCACAGACCACUCAUUCUCUGCCCCGUCCAGCUGCCCACAGGAUCUACCACCACAGACCCCUCAUUCUCUGCCCCGUCCAGCGGUCACCAGGAUCUACUACCGCAGACCCCUCAUUAUCUGCCCCGUCCAGCGGCCCACAGGAUCUACCUCCACAGACCACUCAUUCUCUGCCCCGUCCAGCGGCCCACAGGAUCUACCACCACAGACCCCUCAUUCUCUGCCCCGUCCAGCGGUCACCAGGAUCUACCACCACAGACCGCUCAUUCUCUGCCCCCAUCCAGCGGUCACUGGGAUCUACCUCCACAGACCACUCAUUCUCUGCCCCGUCCAGCUGCCCACAGGAUCUACCACCACAGACCCCUCAUUCUCUGCCCCGUCCAGCGGUCACCAGGAUCUACUACCACAGACCCCUCAUUCUCUGCCCCGUCCAGCGGCCCACAGGAUCUACCUCCACAGACCCCUCAUUCUCUGCCCCAUCCAGCGGUCACCAGGAUCUACCACCACAGACCGCUCAUUCUCUGCCCCCAUCCAGCGGUCACUGGGAUCUACCUCCACAGACCACUCAUUCUCUGCCCCGUCCAGCUGCCCACAGGAUCUACCACCACAGACCCCUCAUUCUCUGCCCCGUCCAGCGGUCACCAGGAUCUACUACCACAGACCCCUCAUUCUCUGCCCCGUCCAGCGGUCACCAGGAUCUACCACCACAGACCCCUCAUUCUCUGCCCCAUCCAGCGGUCACCAGGAUAUACCACCACAGACCGCUCAUUCUCUGCCCCCAUCCAGCGGUCACUGGGAUCUACCUCCACAGACCACUCAUUCUCUGCCCCGUCCAGCGAUCACCAGGAUCUACCACCACAGACCACUCAUUCUCUGCCCCGUCCAGCGGCCCACAGGAUCUACCUCCACAGACCACUCAUUCUCUGCUCCGUCCAGCGGCCCACAGGAUCUACCUCCACAGACCACUCAUUCUCUGCCCCGUCCAGCGGCCCACAGGAUCUACCACCACAGACCCCUCAUUUCUGGAAAAAACGCAGGAGUGUCUGGAGAAACGGGGGAGUGUCUGGGCGAAUGCUGGGUGUGUUUGUGA